AUGUGUUUCCUGUGGGUAACUUCACACAGCUGCACCUCUCUCACCUGGACAGAGCUCCACACCCCCUCCCGCCUCACAGCUGCACUCGGUCCCCGGCUGCAGCAGCUCGUAGCCGGGCUCCUCUCCUCUCCUCAUGGUCCCCUGCUCCCCUCCGCCCCACACACCAUGAGUAAGUCCAGCACGCUCAAAGUUAAGAGUCUGUUCAAGUUGAAGUCACCUGAGAAGAACAAGGAGCUCCAGCGGUCUGCGACCCUCAGAGAUGGAGCUGUCGCCGGCCACAAAGACCAGUCCGGGACGUUACCGACGAGCCCCGGUCCCCUCAGCCCGGGAGACGGCGUCGCGUCGCCCGCGGACGCGUCACCCGUCUCCCCGAAAGAGAAGAAGAAACGGCGGCUGUCGUUCAGGCUGAAACGCAAGAAAUCCAAACGCAAAACGGAGGAGGGGGACGUGUUCUUCCCUGAGACUGAAGAAGUGGACGGUUUCAACCGACCCAUGAGCUUCGACCAGAUGAGCGUUUCCACAGAGUGCAGUUUCCGCUCUGAGGCGGACUGGGACCCUCAGUGUGAGUCCACCUCCAUGAUCAGCUUUGACAUGACUCAGCCAAACAGCCAGAUUUCACCCUCCAGAUUCUUCAAGAAUUCGGAGGAGAAGCGAGGAGUUUUCGAUCGCCUCAGCAACUUCUUCAACUCGAAGAGAAAGAAGAGCAGUAGCAGGCUGCAUUCAGAUGGAUCCAAUGAUGCACGCUCCCCAUCAUCCCCAUUGUCUCCACGUUCAACGCAGUCUGAGGAGGAGGAGGAUGGGCAAAAGACUCCAACCCCUUCUCGAAAAGCCAGCGAGCUGACCCUUUAUGGCGAGGCCAAGAUGGGAGCAGAGCGGGGCGAUGCCCGCAGCAAAUGUUCCAGUCCCAGCGCCUCAAGCACAGUCUCUCUGUUGACAGAUGCAGAUCUCCCAUUCGCUGACAGUAACAGCGGUGGUCGCAGCAGUGUGAGGGAGACUUCUGUGUGCAGGAUCAGCAAAGCCAGCGGUGAAAGGAAUUCUGGGAAUGUGACUCCUGCCACUCGGGAACUUGCUGCUACCACCCAUCCACGUGCUGAUUCAGGCCCAGAAAUAGGGUUUGCUGAGUCAGUGGUGGAGGAAGUAAACAAGAAGCUGCAGGUUAAUUUAGAAGAACGAGUCCUGACAGAGGCUUCCAGCCAGGACAGUACAGUUAGACCGGCCACACGGAUGCCAUUUAAAACCACACUUUCCAAAACAGCUGAGGGUCCAAAGUCACCUAACUUAACCUCUAUAAGCUUAGCAUCAAAGAAAAGCUCUGUGAAAGUUGGAGAGAGGGGGCACAGCACUGCCAUAACAGGAAUACGAUUAGGCUCUCAGUCUUCCCCCUCACAGGAAGACGGAAAAUCUGGAGACAAAGGGAAGGAAAAGUCCAGAGACAAGAGGAAGGGUCAGAUAUUUUCUGGGGAAACUACACCUAUGACAUGGGGCCCCUCAUGUGAGAGCAGGGAAAUUGCCAGAAGGGAUUCUCCUGUCCUACUCCACAAAGCCAUCUGGGUUGAAACACACCUGGGAGAAGAGGAGGAAGUGGAGAGGGAGGGGGAGAAUGAGAGGGAUGUAAUGACAGAAAGAGAGGAGGGCUUCAGAGCAGACUCGCCCCCUGUCUUGGCCAUACCUGUCACGGUAAUACCUGAGGACGACUCCAUCACUCAGGACGCUGCAGACAGUCCCUCAGAGACGUUGCCGCCCAGUGGCAGCCUGCCAGAACCUGCCAUUUCCUCAGAAGGGGAGUUCCAAACAAGCUCACCGCAGCCAGAGGAGCCUGACGCCGGUACAGACUCAAAGAAAAGUUCCCUCCAGGAGAGGCGCAGGUCCAGAGAGGUUCGCAUCACACGCAAAACUGUGAAUCUGCCUUCGAAGAACAAGGUUUCUGUUGAGAAGGUGAACAUUAGCCAAGAGCCGGGUUUGGAGGAGAACAAACCGACGGGAGAGGAGUGCAUCAGAGAUUCAGCUUCAAAGGACUUAGAUACAACAGAAGUCAAACUAGUGCCAAGUCUCCAAAACAACGACCAUGCAGAGAUCCAUGAAGCCGACCAUGAGCCAUUCACGACAACAGAUGAGACGGCGCUCGCUGACACAAACACUCCUGAACUUCUAGGUGAAGAAAAAGCAGACUCUGCGUCCAACAUUGAUGACACCUCUGCUCCCUCAGACAUGUACAAAGCAAAGUCACAAGUAUCAGGGUCUGGGAUAAGAGGCAAAGAGACAAAUCAGGCUACACCCUCCAAACGAGGGCCUAAAGCAGCGACAGAAAGUCGACAUACCACAGCAAGUGGAGCAAAGACCCCAUCCUCUGUAGCUGGAAGCAAGGCCAAAAAUGUCACAACAAAGGCCAAGGGCUCCACAGAGGGAACCAAAGUGGGAACGUCCGGUGAUAUUCCACUACCAAGAGAACACAGCACUGAGAAAACAGCUUCUAUGUUACCAACAUUGAAAGACCAAAGCACUAAUGGUUCCUCAAGCACAGAGACCUCAAAGUCUAAAAUCCCGAAAAGGUCAACAUCAGAUGCUGAUGUGAAAUCACCAGUGACACUAGAUAAAACCUCAGUGGCUGAUGCCUCAGCAGUCACAUCCAAACUACAAAAGCAAACUAGAACCAAAGAAUCUUCAAAAUCUUCUAUCAGUCCAACCAAAGCCGGCAGGAAACCAAGUUUUGAGGAAGCUAAGGGAGGAAAAUCUGACGCGAGAGACAUUUCUCCAACAAAAAACACACUCAAGACAGGAACUAAGAUUAUUAAAGAGAAGUCAGAGGAUGACAUUAAUCUGGUAAAUGGUGUGGAGAGCGAAUAUAGAGAGAGAAGUGUUAAAACACCUGAAAGGGAAAGCCUGGAUGUUAAAAAACAACCGCAGAACCAUCUGGAAAAUAAUGCCUCCUUGUCAUCAAAGAGCCGGUUACCAAUUUCAUCUCCAACAAGAAAGAAUAAUGAUGAUGUAACACAAACCGCCACCACCGGCCACAAAAAUAAUUCAUCUGGUCAGAAAGUACCUGAUGGAGAGAGAGCUGGAAGUGACACACCUUCACCUCUACCUGAAAGUCCCACAAAAGGAGGCACGUCAUCAACAAGACCAUCCAAACACCUUUCUAAAGGAAACAUAAGCCAUGAAGAGGAAGGCACGACCACCUCACAUGCCUCCCCACCGCCCACAUCAAGGCUUUCCAAACACAGCGAAAACAUCAAACAACAACAAAAGAGUCUCGUGAAGGAUUCGGCUGAUCCCCUCAUAUCUGGGAGCAAACUUCCUACACUGGGUCUGAAAGGCUCAAACAAAAUAAAAGUUGGCAAAACUCAAGAUUCCCAAGAGAAAGGAUCUGACAGUGUCUUAGCAGAGAAGGACGGUAACAGUGAUGACAGAUUUAAAUUUGAAUGUGUGUCUACAGAAGAAGAAGAACAGGGGAAAUCCUCAGACACGCAGUCGAGUACCUUUGCGUUUGGAAAGGAAGUAAAAGAGACAAGCAAAUUCGAGAGUGUUGCAAUCAAAGAGAUUUCAGAAAUCCAGCCAAUACAAAAGAAUGAUGCGAUUAUCACAGCAAAUGCUCAGGUAGACUUUAAACAAGAAACAGAGUUAGUAUCUACGUUAUUGUCUAGCAGUGAGGCCGUUAAAGUAACUCCAGCUCCUUUACCAGUCACUGAUGUAAACAACGCUGAGGCAGAAGUAAAAAUUGAGAAUUCAGCUGAAAAUGCACCUCACAUACAAAGUGAUAACACCACACAGGAACAGCAAACACAGCGAUUACUAGUAUGUUCCCAAGGAGAAGUAGACAUAUUAGAGACAACCCAGAUAAUAAGUAACGUAACACCAGAUUUAAUUCAGGAUAAAGAGCCACAGCCUGCAGUGGUGGCUCAGGACACAAAACCAGUUCAUGAACAUGUAACUGAUACCUCAGCUGAACCUGUUGUGGGUGACAGCAAACACUGUGACAUAAUGACCCACUCUGAUGUGGACGAUGUGGACGCUCAUAAUGUUUCCCUUAAAGCGGUAACUGAUCCCACAAAUAGUCUUCCUGCUAAAUCGGCCAUGCAAGAUGCUGAGCCAAAGGACGAUGUUGUUGAUGCUAAAAUGAAAAAUACAGAGCAGCAAAAGGAAAACAAGUUAUUUAAAGAUCAAACCACAAAUGUGAUUCCUGAAAUUGACAGACAACGAUCCACAGCAGACCAAGAGUCCGCGAAAAAUGUUGAGGUGGAGGAGAAAAGUAAAGAGGAGCUUGGCAAGAAAACACCCAAGGCUUCGGACAUUCAAACAGAGGCUGUGACUGUUUGUGAGUUACCCAAGAAUGUUGAAAAUAUGCUGGACAAAGAGCCUCUUUUACUGGCAGGAAAGUUUGAAAGACAGACGAAAGAAUCUAAACUGAAUGACGCAGCAGUGGAAAGCACUGUCUCACAGAGCAGUCGCAAAGAGGAGCUCAAGGGCAGUGCCAUCAGGGACGAAGCUGAGAAAGAUUUUACAAAACCAGAGAAGCCGUAUGAUCUAUCAUCCGAGCAGAAAUGUUCACAGCCCGACUCAAAGGAGGGACACCAAGUAAUUACAGAUGCCCUGGAAGAGAAGAGGACAGAGGCAGAGCAAGGAGGAGGUUUAAUUAAUGAAGCUACACCAAUUGUGGUCGUUACAAAUCAUGAACGUGAGAUCUUAAAGACCGAAAAUGCAGAGAGUGGCAGCGAGGAACCCCAGCGAGCAGAGAAGGAGAUGAUGGCAUCAACAGUGAAAACUGAACAGGAGCAUAAAGUACUUGUAACCAAAGAGGACAACAACACAAAUGAGGAGGACAAACAUGCAAAUGAUGUAAAGGAAAGCCAAACUCCAGAAAUGAAAGGUGUAAGCACUGAAAUGCAGGAUGGUGCAGAUGAUAAAAAAGAGAAGAGUUUAAAUGGGACUGUUGAAUCUGAAGUAAAGGUGGUAGCUGCUAGAGACCAAGAUAAAGAUGCUAAUAGAUCAGCAGAACAGAAACCGGAGGCAAAAAAAGUUCCAGAGAAGACAACAACAAAAAGCCAUAGUUUGGAUGCAACCCAAGAACUGUUAACAGUGAGCACUAAAGAUCAGAUUGAUAAAAACUCUGAUGAAAAGACUGAAACAAAGACUUCAUCAGUAAAGACUUUGGUGAAUGAGACUGCAGUUGUGACUGCUAGCAUUGAUGUUUGCGUCCAACAAGACCAGAAGUCCAUAGUCGUUGGAGACAUUAAGGAUGUCAGUAAACAAGACAAAAACAAAUCAACAGAAUCCAAAGUUCCAACGGUAGAUCAGGAGUCAGAGGGAACUAAGGACCAAGCAGAGAAAAGGAAAACAACAGAACCCAAAGUUCCACCCUCUAACCAAAGCAACCAACAGGAACCAGAAAUGGUAAGAACAGAGAAGCGAUCAGAAACUCAAAUUAAGGAACAGGAGGUAGAAAGCAAAAAAACUCAGCUUGCUGAGGAAGCACAAGAAAAGACUGAAACAAAGGAUCCCUCAACAAAGAGUUUGGUGAAAGAGGUUGUGAAUAUGAAUGUUGACUCUGAAGUUAGAAACCAAGAAGACCAGAAGCCCUCAGUUGUUCCAGAUGAACAUGCAGAGAUUAAGAAACCAGAGAAAAAGAUUGAUCAGUCCACAGACUCCAAGGUUCUACAUGGAAGUCAAGAACAGGAACCAAAGACUGUGACCAAAGUAUCAACAGAGUCAACAUCAAAUGUUUCAACAGUCGUUAGUAAGAGUGACAAGAUACAGGAACAGAAAAGCCUUAUUAAAGAACGUCUUCAAGAUGAAAAUGAAGUGACAAAGAAAGUGGAUCAGCCGAUAAACACAGCAAAGACAGAAGUCAAGCAAAAGGCAGAACCCAUUUUUGUAAAAGAUGCAGCUAGCAAAACAGUUUAUGGAGAAGAAAAGGAUAAGUCCGUUGUUGUCUCAGAUAAAAUACUCAUAAGUACUGAUGCUCAGAAGAAUGAUGAAGGAAUUAAAGAAAAGAAACAUGAAUUCCAGACUUUAAGAGAGGAGAACAAACUGAACCUCGCUGAUCCACAAAAACCAACAAAGCUGACGCUCAACAGUAGUUCGUCAAAAACUCCAUCUCAAAGUCAUCAGCUAAAGAAUGAAUCUCCAUCAAGCUGGUUGGAUGUGGAACAUCAUCAAAAACAGAAGAAGGAACACAAAAAAAGACUAAAUGCAUCCGCCAGUGAAGAUGAAUCAACUGAGCAUGAUGACGUUGAUGAGUUUAUCAGCAGCAUUAAGAAAGGUGGAAUUCCUUUCUCACUACCUCCAAAGAGGCACAUCCGUAAAAAGUCCCCAUCGCCACCUUUUGCCAUGCCGGCCAUUAAGGAGGAUAAUUUUGAGAGAACAUUCAAUCCUGAGGAAUUCCAGUUUGGCUUAAGGAAAAAUGGCAAAAUUUCCAGGGAUCCUUCACCAGCUAUGAUAAUAAAACAAUAUGCAGCCAACAGGAAAGGACGUUCCCUGGAAAAACGUGGACAAGAAAAUGCCCUGUCUUCACCCGGAGAAAAAAAUAAUUCACUGGAUGAGGUGGUAGAAAAAGAUGGAGUCAAAGAGGUGUCCAAAGCAGAAGCAAGAAAAGAAGAAUUGCAAAGCAUCGGAGAGGAGCCUGGGAAGCUAACGUCAAGGCUUGAAAGGAUGUCGAUCCUCUCAAGCCUAAUGAGCUCCUCCAGGAAAACCAAAGAGGAAACACCCUUUGCCUCAAAUGGCUCAUUUUCAUCCAAGCAGGAACAAGACCUGGCCGCUCCUGGAAGGCACGGUGUUGAUUCACCUCUCUCUCGUGUCAGAGCAGAUAAGGAGGGUGUGAAGAGUGGAGAUCAAGGCUCACUUGUGGGUGGUGGUGGUAAUGGUACAAUUAAUGAGUCAGCGCUAAGCCCCUCCUCUCCUCCUCUGCCCACGUUCUCGGAGAUAAAGCUGCCCGAUCAUUUAGAUAAAUACCUCAAGAUGAACAAACGAGAACCUGAGGCCUCCCAGGGCUCCACGCAAACUACUAAAACGACACCGAGUCCUGAGGGGGGUGCUGUUAUGGACCAGGCCUUGAUAUCAGGAGCUCCUAAUGUGGAUGUGGGCCUGAGGGGCCCCGCUGCACUGCCUUCAACCACCAACUACAGCCAGCAGACUUCACAAAAUAUACUUCCAAGGACUAAGGCUAAGAGACCUGCAGUAAGAGGAAUCCACAAAAGACCUGGGAAGAUUGUCGUACAUGAACAAGCUCAGUUUGGAGGUGAAGCGAUGGAGUUCUACUGUGAUGUAGAAGAUGCCACCACAAUGAAGCUGUCCCCUGUCAUCUCAAUCAGAGUCAUCAGAGGAUGCUGGCUUCUCUAUGAGAAACCCAGCUUCCAGGGCCGUGUCAUAGCGCUUGAGGAAGGUCCAACAGAGCAUAUAGUGAACAUAUGGGCGGAUCAGGGAACUCCAACAACACUGGACCAGAAUGGUCAACCUGCUCCAACUGCACCCGUGGUCAUAGGUUCUCUCCGACUGGCAGUAAGAGGUCAUUACACUCCAUAUGUUAACCCACUCACCUUUGCUCUCCUUUUCUUCCCCUGUCUCACGCUGACUGGCUGUAGCUGGCUGGUGUAUACCGAUGCAGGCUUUCAAGGUUUUGUAGGAGUGCUGGAGGUGGGCGAGUACCCCUGCCCAGAGAGCUGGGGUUUCUCCCAGCCCUUAAUCGGCUCGCUCAGACCAAUCCGAAUGGGAGCAAUAAGGGUCGAGCAUCCUCAUGAAGUCAAGGCUUUGGUGUUUGAAAAGCCCAACUUUGAUGGAGAGUGCAUAGAGGUGGACAGUGAUGUGUACAAUUUGCAAGAAGCAGAAGAGGAGAACUCAGACACACAUGAUGAGAAAGAGAAAACAUUGCCAACAGUGGGUUCUAUAAAGAUACUCCGUGGUCUUUGGGUGGGAUAUUUGGAGGCAGACUUUGAGGGUCAGCAGUACAUCCUUGAGGAGGGGGAAUAUCCUGAUUACAGUGACUGGGGAGGAUCUGAGGACGGAAUCCUGUCACUUCGACCUGUGUGCACAGAUUUCCAGUCUCCACAUGUUAAACUCUUCAGUGAGCAGAACUUUGAUCAGCUGGGACUCAAUGCCGACUUACUGGGUCCCAUCCUCAACAUGGAGGACAUCAGCCAUGGUAUAAGGACCCAGUCCAUCGACGUCAUGGGUGGAGUAUGGGUGGCAUUUGAAAAACCUGGGUUCAGUGGAGAGCUGUAUGUGCUGGAAAAAGGCCUGUAUGCCAACCCGGACGACUGGGGAGCCCAGAACUUCAAGAUCUCAUCCAUACAGCCAGUCUUCCAUGAGAUGCUGAUGGGAUCAUCAAAAUACAAGGUGCAGCUCUACUCUGAGCCAGACUUCCAGGGAAGGAUGGUCGCUCUGGAGGAGAACACAGAAGCUCUGGAUGAUGACUUCAUGCCCAGGUCCUGUAAGGUGGUGGUUGGCAGCUGGGUGGCCUAUGAAGGAGCACAGUUCACAGAGAAGAUGUACGUGCUGGAGGAGGGAGAAUAUCCCAACACAGAUGCCAUGGGCUUCUUGUCCUCAGACUCUACCAUCCGCUCCAUGCACACCUCUGGAAAUGUGCUGUCUCUGCCCUCCAUCGUCUUGUUCAGUAAGGUCGGCUGCAGAGGUCGCAGGGUGGUGUUCAGUAAUGGCAUGGUGAAUCUGCUGCAGGCGGGCUUGGACACACACAUACGCUCCCUGGUGGUGGAGGGAGGAAUGUGGGUCGUGUAUGAACAAAGCAACUACCGUGGUCAACAGCUGCUUCUUCAACCAGGGGAUGUGACUGACUUGUGCAAGUUAAGCAGCUUGCAGCAGAUAGGAUCCCUGCGUCCUUUACACCAGAAGCAGAUGUACUUCUGCCUGCGGAACAGGGAGACAGGAUGCAUAAUGUCCCUGACAGGAACUAUGGAUGACAUUAAGCUGAUGAGGGUUCAGGCUGUGGAAGAGACAGGAGGAGUGGAGCAGGUCUGGCUCUAUCGGGACGGACACCUCACUUGCAAGCUGAUCGAGGACUGUUUCCUGGAGACCUCAGGCAGCGUAGUGAUGGCGGGGAGUCGACUUACUGUUUCCCCGGAGCGCGGCAAGGACAACCAGCUGUGGAACGUUACGCCAGACGGCCUAGUGCGCUUCCACCUCAAACCUGAACUGGUCCUGGAGGUCAAAGGUGGUCAACAAUAUGACAAGAACCAGGUGAUCCUCAACACGUUUGAUAUGAAAAAGCUGAACCAAAGAUGGACAGUGGAGAUGCUGUGAGAAGGGAGCUCUGUGCUGCAGCUGCAUCACAGGGGAACUGAGCCGUUUGAAGCAGCUGCAGGGCGGAACCGCCUCUGGAGGAGUGCAACCAUUGACUGGACCAAUGUUCUUAUAUUAUUAACUUUUUUAUAUUAUUAGCAGCUGAUGAAAUACUUUCCUCUUUUUCAGAAUGAAUGUGUAAAUAAAACAUUGCUCAUUUUUGGCCCCUUGACUUUAAACACUGUACAAUAACCAAAGACUCCAUCAUGGCCUCUGUGAUUAACUGCAUGUAGUGAAAACUGUUCCAAUGCUGCGUACCUCUCUUUACUCCAUGGUACUUUUCUGCUGCAUGGUUUCUCUGAUCUUAUCAUUGACAAAUCUGAAUGUAUGCUUCACACUGAGGGCUGCAAUAUGUCUGAAUUCUGAAGUGCCUAUACUCCAAAGAUGUCUUCUUUUUGUAAUUACCGUGGAUCAAAGAAGAUCUAUUGUAACGUUUAGAUAUAUUUUUAGGAUUUAAUAGGUUUUACACUUUUUAAACAAACUGUUCUUUACUUCUUUGGUUGUACAUAAGCAUCAAGUGUAUAGAUUUAAGUUUAAAUGUCAGAGAAGCAGAAGUGCAACGAUGAUGCUACCCACUGUUAAUUGUAAAUAUGUGAAUGUAAAAGAGGAAACUGUUACAUAUGAAAAUAAAAAAAAUAUUCUUUUUGC